AUGUGCAACUGGGAUUUCCAGCUGGUUUCAACUGACUUUAACUGGAACAAGCUGGUUCCAACUGGAAACGAUUGCUCCCAGUUGGGAGUCAACAGGGCCUUUAGCGAUACAACAAGAGGCUUCGCACUGCACGCAGACGUUCCUCCGGGCACGGCAUUGUCGCGCAAGGUACGCACGCUGGUUCGCUACCUGAAGGUUCUGCGCAUCGUGUACAGCACGUUUCCCGAGAGCGCCGCCGACUUCGCGAGCCUGCGCUCUCCGCGGUGCAUGUCUCACCGAGUGUUCAUGCCGGCCCUGACCCGCGACGGCCGAGACUUGCCCGUCGCCGAGGCCAUACGCGCGUUGAAGGCAGACAUGAGCCUGUGGAGCGUCGGCCUGCGGGGCAACAUCCUGUGUGCUGAGUCGCUGACUGUGGACUACGACCCAUCGGGGCGCGGCCCGAGCAAGAUCAACGCAUCGGCGGCCAGCAAGUCCGAGAUCAUGGCGGCCACAAACGCCGGUGGAGCCGCGCAGCGGCGAGCUCGCGUGGUGCUCUACUUUCGCGUCUACACGGACGCGCCCGAGCCCAUCGAGAAGGCGGCCGCCCCCCCAUCGACCUCG